GAGUAUUUUAAUAGCGCAAGACUUCGAUUUCACAAUUUAGCAUUAAACCUUACUAUAAGUUACCAACAUAAGCUUACUUCUGUCUCUCCUUCUACAAGGUUUUUGUCAAACAAACGAUUUUAAAAGUACGCACAACCAAUCCACGCUGACACCUGUCCAUCAAAUAAUACGUAUUUUCUGAAAAAUAAAAGCAUUUGAUCUCUUUAUAGUUCCAACACUCCACUCCGCGUCUUAUUAACGGCAGUUCCGUAAUAGUGCAGCGGAAAGCCUGCGGAUGGAUACAUCAAUGUUUCUUAAAGCUAUAUGCCACGAGCAAAAAUAAGGCGAAAACGAGCUAUAGCAUAACUCGAGUUUGUUACUAAGAUUUAACCCAUAAACCAAACGAUUGAAAAACGACUCAACAGGUCGAAGACUCGCCUCCAUCGAAAGGCGGGAGGGAGUAACAUACGCAACAAAGCCGCGAAGUGCGCGAACCAAUGCAACUGAGUGAGCGCAACGACAGGAACACCUUCCGUCUUCCUCCACCGCGGUCUCCAUUUUAACUCCUCGCCCAGCCUGCACCUCACGUGUCCUGGACUGUCUUUCUCACAUGACCCGUGUGUUUGUCCCCGUGAUCAGCGCUUCCAUCUCCCGUAUUUCAAGUGUCGCUGAAUAUUGCAAUUUAAAAUCCGCUCGCCUUCAUGGAUAUGCUCGAACAGAGCUUGGACACCUCGACGAGUCACGAGAAACAGGAAACUGAGGAGGUUGUUCAACUGCAGGAAGUGGGGGUGGAGGAGCAGGCGGCGGUUACCAUAGCUAGUGUCCAGCAGGCAGCUGCAUUUGCAGACCACAAUGUUCAAUAUCAGUUCCGCACAGAGAACAGCGGUGGACAGGUGACGUAUCGCGUGGUCCAGGUCACAGAAGACCAUUUGGAUGCAACAGGAGACGGAGGGGCUGCGGUCAGCGUGGUGUCCACGGCUGCUUUCGCGAAUGCACAGCAGGCAGUAGCACAGGCUGUUAUCCAAAACCCUUUCAGUAAUGGGGGCAGUCCAGGGGGGGAUACGGUGGGUGGAGAAACACGCUUCGCCUAUUUUCCAGCAGCGACUGUCAGUGAUGGUACGGCUGUGUCAGUGCAGGCCACGUCCGAUCCAAACCUCACACAAGGAGGUCAGUUUUACGUGAUGAUGAGUCCACCAGAUGUUUUACAAACUGGCACACAACGCACCAUCGCACCACGUACACAGACUUACGCCUCAGACCUCGGUGAACAUGAGACUCUUCAACACAGCAGAUCAGACUGGAAAAUUGAUGGGCCCCGGGCACCUCGUGAUGAGAGAAGGAGAGCACAGCAUAAUGAAGUGGAGAGAAGAAGAAGAGACAAAAUUAACAACUGGAUUGUCACGCUAUCUAAAAUCAUCCCAGACUGCAAUAUGGAUAAUACCAAAACAGGAGCGAGUAAAGGAGGCAUCCUGUCUAAAGCCUGUGACUACAUUAGAGAACUCCGCCAGACUAACCAGAGGUUACAGGAGAACUAUAAAGAAGUGGAGAGAAUACAGGUGGAUAAUGAGCUACUUAGACAACAGAUUGAAGACCUAAAAAAUGACAACGCACUGCUCAGAGCUCAACUACAACAGCAUGGCCUGGAAAUCAGCGAAACUACAUCACAGUGACAAAAAAAACAUUCACCAGUUAAAGAGACUCUACAGCAAAGCUCAAAGCGGAUUCAAAACCCCUAAAGACUCACUCGCUCGCGUCUCAUCACAGACACUUCAGUAGGAUAUGAAUGCCUAUGUUACACAGACAGAAGACUUUGACAGUAGUGAAAAUGUACCUGCUGUAAAAGCACACUUAGGUCUCACCUUCACUCCCGUGAGAACUAGAGAACCUGAACUCACUCAGUAUGGAACUACCCGCUUCCAAGAAGUAUCCGGCUUUCCACAGAUCCUUGUCCUAUUUUGAAUUUUCAUAACUAAUUAUAUGCCUGCUCAUGCCUAAUGGUCAACUUUUGUUUUGUUUAAACGCCUUUGUGACAGAAGGUAUUUUUUGAAGGGUUUGUUUGGUAUUGUAUUUAUUAGCUUUCGAAAGUUAUUACACAGCAGGUAUACAAAACCGUUGCAUUUGGCUUAAACCUGAACUGUCAACCGCAACAAAGUUGUCAUGCAGCCUAAAAUAACAGGUUUUUUUCUCUACUGCAGUCUCCCUUUUUCAGAUUAGGGAUCGAUGUACAAUAAUCAGAUUUUAGUGGCACAUCAGGACUGAUUUACAAUUUGAGUUUGCUAAAACUGUAAACCAAGGUACAUAUAGAACUUCAAUUAUAAUAGAGAUGGACAAGAUAAUGGCUAAACUGUAUGUGUGUGACAUUGUCUACAGUUUUCAGAGUUAUUGCACUGUGAUUUAGUGAAGGCAAAACAAGUAGCUCAGGGUUUGAGAUGCAGGCUCUGGAUCCCCCUUACCUUGUAACCCUGCACUUUUUGCCCUUUUGGGUUCACACGCCGAGAUACCUAAACGUACUGUAUAUAUCAUGUAUUUCAACAAGUUAUUCUUAAGUCAAUGAAUGAACUCUCCACAUGCAAAGAAAUGUACUUUAUAAGUCAGAUUUCCCAAUUUAGUUAACCGUUUUGGAAAAAUAAAAUGGAAGAUGCGCAAUAAACAUGGGUAAAGUUUUAGUUCACUUUGUUGUAGCUUAUCUUCCAUCUUAUUCUUUACUUUAAAACAACAUCUUGAUGUUUUGAAAGACUAAAACUUAAGAGAUACGAUAGAAAAACAAAAGUCACAAAAUUGUAAGAAUGAGUGUGACUGUCUGACAACUCGGGGUAUUAUGGCAAUUCUAGUUAAUGCUAUGCAUACAGAAAAUGAACGUAAACUAACACCUUUACUUUCUUGUUAAUUGAAGUCUCUACCUGUUUACCUCGUUAGGUUUUAAAACCAAUUCAGGCCUGUGAUAUUCCUUUCAGAGGUAGCUAGAGGGUUAAAAGGCUUGAAUAAUGCUGUGUAGUGUGAGUAAAAACUUGUUUUGACUGUUUACCAGCACUUCUCGUUGGAUGUGGCUAAAGCACCAUCUUUUCAAUUUAAUUGUAUUUCGUCUUUGUGUAUUUCAACCAUAUACAAAAUUACCACUUUUACAAAAAUAGAAGCAAAAGCGUUUAACCUAAAACAAUCUGUGAUCAUAACCAGUGAGGCAUUGAGAUUCAUAUAUUACACACCAAUCCAGAUAUUAAACAGACAAUUGCUCAGAUUUUGUCUCCUCUUUCUCGCAGUAUGCCUACUAAUGCUGUAAUUGAAUGACUGUUGAUUUAUAGAGUAAAGAUUCGUACAGUCUAAUGCACUGGUGCUGUUAAUUUCAGAUGACAGGAAAUGAGUGGGCUAUUCCUGAAGGAGAUGUGUGGUUAUUUAAUUCAGAAACCCCGAGCAUGACGUUCUUACCACUGAGCUGGGUUCUAUAAGCUAUACAAUACAUUUGCUUUGUUUAUACUUACUGACUGUUGUUGUUAAUGUAUGUACUUAUAUACAAGACAAACCCAAGAAUUACAAUAAGUAGAUUUUUCUUUAAAACGAAAUUCUGAAAUAAAAUGUAAAUAAUUUA